AUGUUAUCUUGCAAAGCUAGAAAGUUAUCAUCAUUCUCUAAGUCACUGAGCCUUGGGCUUUGUUCUUUCCGGUUUGCCAAGGCUUCAUUUGUCCUUGAAGAGAGAUACAUUUGCAGCGACGCUCGUGCCUUCUUCAUUCUUGUUGAUCUACCAAGAAAGUUUUCACCAGCUUCAUGUAGGCUUCUGAGUACUGCAAGCUGUUUCCUUAAAGAAAGCUUUACGUCGUAUGAUAAGAAGGAUGUCACUUUAACUGACGAGACGUUAGCGACUUCUAAUUUCAGUUCAGGUGAAAUGGCAGUUGAAUACAGUAGUUCAUCACGUGGUAGAUUGCAUUCUGCCCUUGCUGAGUACACGUUAGACGAAGAUGGUUUUAUGAACAUAGAGGAUCUUGUAGAUUUCCUAAGAAGAGAAAAUGCUAUGGACAUCUGUGUAAUUAAGACAAGUGGAGACAGACGAAGCUAUGUGGACUACUUUGUAAUUGUUAGCGGUGUCUCUGUAAGACAUUUGCGAGCUAUGGCUAAGAACUUGGAGCAGCUGGUAGGUACAUGUAGAAAGAUAUGCGUUAUUGACCAAGCGUGAGUUCAAGGCAGGCGAUGGCUGGAUAUUGGUCAAGUUCCUUUUUACAUUUUUAUUCGUCAAGGUCAUUAAAAUGCAAAAAAAGUUAAGGCCCAAGAUAUAGCCAUGAUCUUGACCGAACAAAUUUGGCCAACAAAGGAUUAAUUAUCUGGCCAAAAAGAGAACUUUCUCUUGGGGGUCUAACGCUGGAAGUCCAGAGUCCCAUCUUGCCUGCUCACGUAGCCACUUAGGUAACCAAUCAGAAUGCAGGAUUUGAGUUAUCUUGCUCACUCACAGUUUUAGGCAUAUAAUGACAGAUGCUCAUUGACUGGAUUGGAGAAAUGAAAAGAUCCCUGAGCAACAAGUGGUUGGUAGGCAAGAUGAACCUUUGGAAGGGCAGAGUCUUCCUUUUUUGGACAAGAUACACUUCCCCCUAAUUAUUCCACAAAAUAUCAACUUCUAUAUUUAUAGAAGCCCUCUGUGUGGGGGGAGGGGGUUCCUCUGUUUCUAGAAUGAAUUUCAAAACCUAUUGUUAUACUAAUUUCACUCAACUAAACAAGGACUGCCAUUGGUUGAUUCUUGACUGUGAUACAUGUGAGCAAUUGUACCCCGCUUGGGGUACAUUACAGCAUGUUAUCAAAGCAUGGUGGAAAGUGGCGUGACGGAAAGGGGGAAAAAACACUGCCAGUUUUCUUUUUUGUGAAUGAACACGACAACACAAACAAAAAGCCUCAGGCUUAAAAGCAAUGAUUUUCAAAGAUAUCCUGAAAGAGAAACAGCAGCUAGUGAAGGAAAAAGAUGCAGAUAUUAUAAGGAAACUGCUUUGUAAAUCAUUCAGUCAGUGGUUUUGAGAAUUAAAUAAUUUAAUUCUCAAAACCACUGAAUGAACAAAAAAUUAUUUGUGUUCUUGUAAGUACCAAGUUGACUGUUUUGAUUUGCUCCAGUGAUUCCUGUGUUGCUGUUGAAGUGAAAGUCUAGAAAUAUAACAAAACACUUAAUGUCAGGUCCUCGGGAAACCAGUUAGUUUUGUUUUCCCUUGAGUCCUGAUGUUCCUCAAGACUUCAUCUCGGGGAAACAUUAGGACUCUUGCAAAACAAAACUAACUGUUUCCCUGGGGAUCUGACGUAAAGUGUAUAUUGUUUCACAUAGUGAGGAGAAACCCAUGUCCCUGUCUUUAUUACUGUGGCAGUUUCAACCCAUAUAUCUGUGUUGGUUGUCACCAUUUUAUCUAUCUUAUGUCAAAGUUACAAGGCCAUGUCGCUGUUGAUAUUUACCUAACAGGGCCUCAUUAUAGCUAGGCCAUGAAUUGGCAUCCAUAUCAGAAACCAUCUGUAAUAGUGGAGUGUGAAAAGAAUAUUCCUAGGAAGGUUAUAGCUCUAUGAAGUCACAAAAUUUUAAAGUUGUUUAUUUUGGGUGCAAAGGUGGGUGAAAUUUUGUGAUAUAUGGGGCGAUAUGUUUAUUAUUGUUUACCCAUCAUUGUCAAAUUUUAAUCCUGGAUUAAUGCUAAUCGGGCUUUCAGGAACGGGACCCCUGUCCAGUUGUCCAGGACAACUCCUACUCACCUGCCGGAAGGGCAAAGGUCUAGGCAUGUCAUGCUUGCACUAAAUCAUAAAGUGAGACAAGCAUGAGACUACCCCAGGCAAGCAAUAUGUUAUUGCCACUGCUAGUCACGAGUGCAAGCUGGGAUUCAGGUUUUUUACAGCCCUGGGCCUGGUUCCUCAAAAGAUGGUUAAGGUUAACCUAUGAUUAAGCCGAAUUUUAAGCAAGGUUUUCUUGUCUAAGUAACUCAAGCUUACAAAAUACUAUUGUGCCUUUACUGCAAAAAAAGGAUCCAGUUAUUCCCCCCGAACUUUCACCCGCUAAUCAGCACAUACAGACGUGGGAAUGUUUUUUCCUUACAAGAGAAUAACUUUCUUUUAGUAUUAUAACAUGUAUAAUGUUUCCGUUAAGGCAUUUGUCAUCAUCCAAGUGAGUUGAGUCUGAUUUAAUAUAGCUACUUAUGAUCUAACCCUCAUGACUAUUUUCUCUAUAGUUCAGAGGGCAUGAGGUGCGUGGCAUUGGAAGAGAUGGCCAUGUGGUUGUAGAGGGUUUAGAGAAUGAUCACUGGGCAGCUUUAGAUAUUGGUAAGAAUUUUUAAAAACCACAGCAUUCAAGAUCCAAAAAGCUUGAAAUGAAUGAACUCCAGUCUGAAGAGCUUGAAGGUUAUGUUUAAACUUGGGGCCUGAGCACUCAUCCAAUCUAUUACCCUAUGUUGUGUUCUGUACACAUUUUAUCUACCAGUAUAAAUUACUAUGAGACACUAUUUUGAAAACAAGUGUCAUGGAGCAUGGGUAUACAACAAACAUGGUGUUUAAAGUCUUGAAAUUAUUUGAGCCCAUUUUAGUUUCCAUUUCAUAUGUUGAGAGCCAUAACUUUAAUAUUCUCUUGUUUUGCAGGUAACAUUGCUGUGCACUUCUUUCUCCCUGAAAUGAGAGCUGUUUAUGAACUAGAAAAACUUUGGACACUGGGACCGAAGCAUGAUGACCAGUCAAAAGCUAUGCUUCAGCAAGAGAGAUAUAUGGGAGCUGCUAAAUUUGGUACAAAUAUGGAUGAAUCUGCUGAUGAAUAA